AUGACAAAGAAAGCAGGAAAGAGCCUGAAAGAAAAAAUGGCCCUCAAGAACCACCUGCUGAAGGAAGUGCUGGCCGAACUCCUGGGGACCUUCAUUUUGGUUGCCCUGGGCUGUGGCUGCGUGGCACAAACGGUCCUGAGCAGAGGGGCCCUGGGAGGAGCCCUGAUGAUCUCUGUUGGCUUCGCCAUGGCCGUCACCCUUGCCAUCUACGUGGCCGGGGGCAUCUCUGGGGGUCACAUCAAUCCAGCCGUCUCCUUCGCCAUGUGCCUGACUGGGAAGAUGAAAUGGGCCAAAUUCCCCGUUUACGUCCUGGCACAAUAUCUGGGUGCCUUUCUCGGAGCUGUUGCGGUCUUUGGCAUCAACUACGACGCACUCAUGUUCUACACCAAUGGCACCUUCGCUGUCAAAGGACCCAACGCCACAGCGCACAUUUUUGCAACAUACCCUCAGGAAUAUUUGUCCCUGACCAAUGGCUUUGCAGACCAGAUGAUGUCCACGGCCUUUCUUAUCCUGGGGGUCUUCGCCAUCUUCGACACAGACAACUUGGGGGUCCCGAAGGGGCUGGAGCCCAUCGCCAUCGGCCUCCUCAUCAUACUGCUGACCUCUUCCAUGGCCCUGAACAGCGGCUGCGCCAUGAAUCCUGCCCGAGAUCUGGGGCCCCGCCUCUUCACCUACCUGGCGGGGUGGGGGGGCGAAGUCUUCACAGCUGGCCAUAACUGGUGGUGGGUCCCCAUUGCCGGCCCCAUGGUUGGAGCAGCCCUGGGAGCUGCGACCUACAUGCUGUUCAUCGAGGUCCACCACUUCCCCUUCUCCCCCUGCCAGAAGAUGGACACGGGCGCCCUACAUGAACAUGAACUGACCCACCUGGAGGAGGGGAAGUAG